AUGUCAUCGGUCGUCAGUCCCCUCGACCAGCCUUCAAACUAUAAGGACUCACAAUCCCGCGUAGACCGUCAGAAACAACAUGAUUACCUCUCAAAGUCCUCAACACUUUACAUCGGCAAUUUGAGCUUCUAUACAACGGAGGAACAAAUAUACGAUAUAUUCACAAAAUGUGCCAGCCCGGAGGAUGGAGGAGGAGUGAAGCGAAUCAUCAUGGGCCUUGACCGCCACACCAGAACACCCUGUGGGUUUUGCUUUGUCGAAUUUUACACGCAUGCAGAAGCUCUAGCGUCUAUGCGAUACAUCAGCGGCACCAAGCUAGAUGAGCGUAUCAUCCGUUGUGACCUUGAUCUGGGCUACCGAGAUGGUAGACAGUUUGGACGUGGAAAAAGUGGCGGUCAAGUCCGAGACGAGCACAGACAAGACUAUGACCCUGGGCGUGGUGGUUGGGGAGCGCAAGCCCAGCGUCUGGAGAUUGAACGAAGACGUGAAGUGGAAGAACGAUACGCGGACACAGAACAGGGCGGUCCUGUUGCGGGUGGCGGAGAAGACUGGAAAGACCAAAACCCUGCUGCACCCACUCUCAAGCGUGGUCGUUCGCCUGAGGAUGAGGGCGACAACGACCGACAGGUGAGUCCAAACUGCCCACGUCUGUUUUAA